AUGACUGAAACAAGGGUAAACAAGCCUGCUACAGAGCACUCAGCGCAGAAGUCAGAUACUCCCGGGGAUAUUAGCUUCGGCGAUGAUCGCGAGCUCAAGUACGAAUAUCCCACGGGGCUCUCGGUCACCUUUAUUCUCACGUCGGUCACUUUGGCCUAUUUUCUGUUCUUUCUCGACCUUGCCGUCAUUUCAACUGCUACUCCGGCGAUUACAUCUGAAUUCGACUCAUUGGUAGACGUUGGUUGGUAUGGAGGAGCCUAUCAACUCGGAAGUGCCGCAUUCCAGCCUUUAAGCGGCAAGAUAUAUAGCCAAUUUCCCAUAAAGUGGACCUUUCUUGUAUUCUUUGUCAUUUUUGAGGUUGGAUCUGCUAUAUGCGGUGCGGCCCAGUCAUCGCCCAUGUUCAUCGUUGGCCGAGUCAUCGCGGGCGUAGGAUCUGCUGGAGUGGCCAACGGUGCGGUGACAACCAUUUCCGCUGUGCUCCCAACGCGAAAGCAGGCGCUGUUCAUGGGCCUUAACAUGGGCAUGGGCCAACUGGGCCUUGCGACGGGACCCAUUAUUGGAGGCGCUUUUACCACAAACGUGUCCUGGCGGUGGUGCUUUUACAUCAACCUCCCGUUAGGUGUGAUCAUAGGCGGUUUUCUUCUCCUAAACAAGAUCCCCGAGCCAAAACCUAAGAACCCACCCCUUCAGAUUCUCGGCACCGCUAUCAAAUCCUUGGAUCUCCCAGGGUUCAUGCUCAUUUGUCCCGCGGUUGUCAUGUUCCUCCUGGGACUCCAGUUUGGUGGUAACCAACACCCUUGGAAUAGUUCAUUUGUGAUCGGCUUGCUGGUGGGCUCUGCAUUUACUUUUGGUCUCUUUCUGGUCUGGGAAUAUCGUCAGGGAGACAAUGCUAUGGUGCCGCUUGCCAUGCUCAAACACCGGGUCAUCUCGUCGGCCGCCUUGACCAUGUUCUUCAGCCUGUCCAGUGUCCUGGUGGCUGAUUUCUACAUCGCAAUUUACUUCCAGGCGAUCCACGACGACACCCCCUUAAUGAGUGGUGUGCACAUGCUUCCCAUCACACUUGGCUUGGUCUUGUUUACUAUGGCCUCAGGCACUCUGAGCUAUUAUCUUCCUUUUCUUCUUGCGGGAGGUGCGAUCUCAGCUGUUGGUUACGGGCUCUUGUCGACACUGAGCCCGACGACGCCGGUUGCAAACUGGAUUGGGUACCAGAUUCUAUACGGCGUUGCAAGCGGCUGCACGACGGCGGCGCCCUACAUCGCUAUACAAAGCCUGGUUUCUCCGGAGCAGAUACCUCUCGCCAUGGCAAUUAUCAUAUUCUGGCAGAACAUUGGGGCCUCGACAUCUCUGAUCGCGGCCAACGCCAUUUUUAGUAACAGCCUUCGUAAACAGCUCCAGCAGCGUGCUGCACAGAUUGGCCUCCCACCAGAUGUUAUCGUUGAUGCUGGGGUCCGCUCCAUCCGUGACCUGGUGUCUGGCUCUCAGCUAACGGCCGUGCUCGCGGCCUACGCGAAAAGCAUCGAUCACGUCAUGUACCUUGGUAUUGCUGUGGGCCUCGCCGUCAUGGUCUUUUCUCCAGGUCUUGGAUGGAGAGAUAUCCGAAAGGUCAAAGAUCUUCAAGUCAUUACCGAUGAGACUUCUAAGAACGUUGAUCGGAACUUGGCAACAGACAAGCCAGUGGUGGGCGACAGGUAA